AUGCCCAGACACAUUCAACCUGACGCCAAUGGGAAACUCCUCCGCCGUUUCUACGAACCUCUGGUCCUCCUCGGUGCGCUGGACCCGACUCGUGGGGCGCACCGCCCCGACCUCACCUCCGACCUUGGGUUAGACAAACAAUCAAAGUGGUGGCGCAACUUUUUGGAUCAGCUUGCAUUUCUCUGUGAUUUCGAAAAGGGCGGGGACACUGUCACGGCGAUCGCGGUUGAGAAGCGCGUCGACCGCCCAAUCUUUUGGCUUGCGUCAAACUCAAAUUCCCGAAACAAGGCGCGUGACCAUGUAUGCUGGAUCUUAGGUCGCCUGAACGAUGUGCAUACCGUCGGCAGAUCGGACGACGAACGUGAAUGCGAGGUUCUGUUUCGGUGCAUUGAGUUCAGCCGCGCCCGAAUUCGGACCUACAUCGGAUGGCUAAUUCAAGCACUCAAAAGGGCGAAGAAGAGCAUGAAGGGAUCGCGCACGCCUGAAGACACGCUCAUCAUGGCGGAAUUUGAUCAGCUUGAAACCCUAGAGUCGGAUCCUCAUCAAUUGUGUGCCUAUGCUCACGGCCUUCGAAAGCACAGAUUUAUGGAAGUACUAUCUCAAAGGCACACUAUCCACUCGCAACGCGGCAUCUGGUCUGAUAUUCGCCACUACAUUGGGCGACUAGGUUUGUGGCACAAAGCCAUUCGGAUCCUUGUCUCUGGUACAAGAAUGUUCCCACAGUACAUCGAGGGCGCCCAAGUCAUGGUUAUUGCACCGAAUGGAUCUGCCGCGUUACCCUACUUUGACGCUUCGACUGACAUGGCUGAUGUUGUCGGGCGCCUGGUGCCUAGCUACCAACCUUCUCUGGCUCAGGAAUUGACGAUAGCUCUCGCCGAGCUCGACGCGAUAGCAGGGAUUGAGGGCAAGUUUCGAGAUGAUUACAAGAGCAUUAGACCUCGUCCACACGCUGAGUUACUGGUCUUGGAGCACUUUCAUUUUCAGAAUCUUGACUUUGUCGCUGACGAAAAAUAUAUAGGCUGCAGCAAGCCCUCGUGCUACUGCUGUAACCUCUAUAUGCAAUGCCAUCCCGGCGGUUUCAUACCUCGAGCAUGCCAUGGCAAUCUCUGGAUCAACUGGGCUCCCCCGAUUCCGCUUCCAUCUAUCGAACUUGGCGCUGGCCGACCUAAGGUACGGCCCCAGCAGCAUCACACCUUUGGAAUACUCCAGAACAUGCUUUUACGCAUCCGUUUAGACUUGCAGGACCAGAUACUGUCAAGACGGCCUAGAAGAGCCAGACUCCCGGACUCAACUACGGGAAUGUCUAGCGUACCACUUGAUACGGAUCAACUUCUUGCAUCCCUUCUGGGCGCCCGAGCGGAUUUGUCAGGUGAUGAAGGAGACGAGUCCGUGGCAGUAAGUGAAGGAGAGGCGGCAGGUGCAGGCACGUAUGGACUCACCACGGAGAGCUCUUUGGAUACUGGGAGCGAAGAAAGGGAUGCGGAUCGAACAGAAGGAGAGCCGAGCCAUGGAAAUGAUAAUCGGAACCUUGGAAAGGUCCAACAAGUCCAGCCACCUGGUGCGGAGGUUGAUCAAGAGAGCAACGACGAGGAGGAAUUGGUUUUCAAAGGAAGAAACAACAAACUGAACUCUCGGUAG